CAGUGCCGUUUCUUUGCACAUGUGAAAGGCAAAUUUCAACAGCCAGUAUUAUUCGCUAUAGAAGUACGCUUAAAACGAUUUGAAAAUUAGUAAACUAUAGAACAAUGGCGGAAGUUAAGCAAACGAUUGUUGAAGGAGUCGACGCUCUUACCUUAAAUGGCAAACCAGACGCUGACUCUGUGGAAACGGCAACGGUUGCACAGGCACAAGAAGCGAAAGGAGAGGAAACAACAACAAACGCGGAUGAUGUUGUGGAUCCAUGGAAUGUGGCAAGCACCAACGAUGCAGGCGUUGAUUACGACAAGCUAAUAAAGCGAUUUGGUUCAAGUAAAAUCGAUGAGGAGCUUAUCGCACGAUUUGAAAAAAUCACAGGAAAGCCAGCUCACCACUUUAUCCGACGUGGUAUCUUCUUUUCGCAUCGUGACCUACACACAAUACUCACACUUCGUGAGCAGGGCAAACCAUUCUACUUGUAUACAGGUCGUGGGCCCAGCUCUGGAUCCCUGCACAUUGGCCACUUGGUGCCGUUUAUUAUGACCAAAUGGCUGCAGGAAACAUUCGAUGUACCUUUGAUAAUUCAACUUACUGACGAUGAGAAGACCCUGUGGAAAGACCUUAAGAUUGAGGAUGCCAUUAAGUUGGCGCGUGAGAAUGCUAAAGAUAUUGUCGCAAUGGGCUUUGACUUGAAUAAGACAUUCAUCUUCAACAAUCUUGAGUUCAUGGGCAAGUGUCCUGCAAUGUACCAGAAUAUAAUUCGCAUUCAAAAGUGUGUAACCUUUAACCAGGUGAAAGGCAUUUUCGGAUUUGGCGACUCGGAUAUUAUUGGAAAGAUUGGUUUUCCUGCCGCUCAGGCAGCGCCGGCGCUGUCGAGCACAUUUCCUUUUGUAUUUGGCAACAAGAAGGUGCACUGCCUAAUUCCAUGCGCCAUUGAUCAGGAUCCCUAUUUCCGCAUGACGCGUGAUGUAGCGCCUCGCCUUGGAUUCCCCAAGUGCGCGCUAAUGCACUCCAGCUUCUUUCCGGCUUUGCAGGGUGCCAAAACGAAAAUGUCUGCAAGUGAUCAAAACUCUGCCGUGUUUCUUACGGACACACCCAAGCAAAUCAAGAACAAGAUUAAUAAGUAUGCAUUUUCGGGUGGACGCACCACUGUCGAGGAGCAUCGUCAGCUGGGCGGCAUUCCGGACAUUGAUGUGGCUUAUCAACUGCUUAAGUUUUUCCUCGAGGACGACCAGAAGCUCGAGGAGGUGCGCUUGGCUUACAGCAAAGGUGAAAUGCUAACCGGUGAAAUCAAGAAGCUAGCUAUUGAGACUGUUACGCCCAUUGUGGAGCAGCAUCAGACAGCACGCAAGCUGGUGACGGACGAAGUGCUGGAUAAAUACUUUGAGCUUAGAGCUUUGAAAUUUGGCAGUUAGAAGUACAUAGCCGAUAUGUACACAAAAAAAUAAAUUAAUAAAUAGAUAUUUAUUGAUUGAUGUAUGUAUGUUUGUCACAGCUGAAAGCUUGUUGCACAUUUAAGCCUCAUUGUGCUCACUAUUUAUUUACUAAGCAAAACAAAAUAUUGUUUGAUUAUUUUUUUUAUAAGCACUAAAUGCAAACAAAACAAUAAACGGCUCCGAUUUUUCAACUUCAA